AUGUCCGUAGAACCCCGCAGAAAAUCAAAAGCGCAAGAUAAGAAGCUAGUAAGUCUUAGGCCAGAUGUCGAUAGUGAUGAUGAGAUUGAUCAAGAAGUACAAGAAGAAGCUCAGAAAAUGGAUGCUCUCAUGCGUCAAUUACUAGGAAAAGAAGAAGAAGAACAAGUAGGUAACGAGCAGCUAGAACAAGAUAUAGUAGCAGAAGAAGAAUUUUCAUUUCGGUUAUUCGCACACCAACCUUUGGCAAAGGUAGCUAUUGCAGAAGACACAAAAGAUGAUGAUCAAGCACAAGCAGUAGCAGAUAUGCAGCAAUUAGAAUUUGAUGAAUAUGAUCCAGAAUUUAUGGCUAGAGUAAAAGAAGCUGCGAUUGACUAUAAGGAUAUUCUACGACAAUCUACUGUGCCUUAUCCAGCUAUGCAAUUUCCUCAUCGAGUGAUAGAUAUCAAUAAUGUAAACAAGUCAAUCACUGAAAAAUCAAAACGAAAGAGAAAAAGCAAAAAGCAUCGUGAUUUUGAAAAGAGGGUCAAGGCAGGAGAAAUCAAAGCACAGCCCAACAUGAGAAAUCCAGAUACACUAGGAGGAUGGCCAGGCUGGCCAGGUCAGUUGACACGAGUGUCGAUCAUCAAUUAUAUAAGUCCAAGGAGAAAAGAAAAAACGCUUAAUAAGCCACGAUCUAUGAAUAAGUCCUUUUCAAGAGGAGGAGCAAAACCACAGUUUCAUUUGAAGAGACAAUACAACAAAUAA